AUCACAAAAGACGGAUCGAAUUGUAAAGCAAAGCAGAGGAACCACAUGUUAUCAAACCACGAAAUGACACCAUCUCGUACAAUUACAGUUGUAUCCUCUUCUUUAAGCCACCCACCACCGUUCGCAUCCCCCACAACACAAAGAAAAAUAUCUCAUCCACCAACCUGCAUCCCCUCCCCUUUUAUCCAACAACAACUACAACAACAAGAAAGAAAGAAAGAAAAAAUAUGGCGGUGGUGAUCAUAGAUGGCUCAACAGUACGUGACUUCGUGAACGAUGAAGCCCACUUCAAGAAGAGCGUGGAUGAAACUUUUGCCAAGCUUGACCUCAACAGCGAUGGAGUUUUGUCCCGUUCUGAGCUUCGAAAGGCUUUCGAGACCAUGCGUUUGAUCGAAUCCCACUUUGGAAUCGACAUCGUUACCCCUCCAGAGCAGCUCACCCAGUUGUAUGACUCCAUAUUUGAGAAAUUUGAUUGUGAUAAGAGUGGAACGGUUGAUCUUGAAGAGUUUAGGUCUGAGAUCAAGAAGAUCUUGCUUGCUAUUGCUGAUGGUUUGGGCUCAAGUCCUAUCCAGAUGGCUCUUGAGGAUGAUAACCAGAACUUUCUCAAGCAAGCAGCUGAUCUUGAAGCCUCUAAGCUUCACCAGCCUUCUCCUGCUUAAUUAUCCCUGCCUUUGCUCAUACUUGUACUGUCAAAUACUGUAGCCUGUAUUGUGUUGCUGCUACUUUCUAUGUUUUCCAUAAUUGAAAUAAAAUUUUGGCCUAUCUUAAUUUCUUUAA